CGCAAACGCGAGAAACAGAGACGAGACGAAACAACUAAAAACUCAAGACGCAUGAUCAGUUUUAUGUCUGUCCCUAUCUUUAGCAAAGAUUUACAGAAAGUAAGCGAACGAAAUAUCGAUUUGAAAUAAAUAGGACAAAAGUUCUAUAGACUUAAAAUGGGUUUUAACAACAUUAAUUGAAUACCUACUCAUAAAAAAUGUUGGAAAAAGUUGUCUUGUGCUUGACGACUGUGUAUUUUUACAGUAUUGCUGCUCAAGGUGAAUGCACAGAUUUACGCGGGAGGCAUAUAUCUCAUGGGUUACAUUACGUGCCUGGUCCUGACACCUGUACACUUUGUGUUUGCGACAACGGCUUGCCAAAAGUAUGCAAAGCAGUGCUUUGCUCACCCCCGCAGGACUGCCGAUCAUUCCGUGUUGGCAACACUUGCUGCGAGUUUAUUUGCCUGGAUGAUGUAGUCAAACCAGCGGAGGGCGAGGCGGGGGUGCGGGUAGCGGCGGGGGGCGCGGCGGCGCUGGUGGUAGCUACCGUUGCACUAGUUGUGUACCGCGUGCGCACACACAAGAGACGUCGCCCGCCGCGUCUUGAUGAUCAACGCAGUCUUACUAGCAUUGGAUAUAUAAGCGGCAGUAUGGGGUAUAUGGGGGGCACGUGCGAGACCGCACUUGCAGCGUGGAAGCCCCCCAGCAACUACCUGCCGCGGGGAGAGGCACCGCCCCCAUACGACGAGGCAGUCGCACAGUGCAGAGUCGACUCUAUGAGAAUGAACAAUGAGUCGUUUCACCGAUCAUAUGCUGGUGUGGAGGGUGACAUGCAGUGCUCCGGACACGCCUAUGUCAAUGUAUCACGACCGGUGCAACAGAUAGCGAACACUCAGAACUGUUACAACGCGCCGCUACUGCAAACUGUACACGCGGCUGACGGACGAGACCCCCCCAUUGUACCACACCACGCCCUCCCAUCUAACGUGGUAGGGUUUCCAAGUACAAUUCGUCUGACGGGAUCAUUGGGUGCGAUCAGUGGGCGUGGCGUGUCUGUGGGCGGGGCCGGGGCCGGGCAGACCGCGCCCCCCCCGCCCGCCGCCCCGCCCCAUGCGGACCACGAGCGCCCUCACAAUGUGCCCGGCUUCUACACGCAUCUACAUCCCAUACACACCUCACUACAUAGGACUAUACCUCGUAUAUCGACCGGCAUGGAGACGUCGUUGUCUGAGAGUGUGUCGGGGUUCCUGCGCGCGGACAGGUCUGGUUGUGGCGAAGUCCGGCGCUCCUUCCACCGCGCCGGCGAGCCCCGACUUGACACCGGCCGCAGUAUGCCUCGCAACCUCAACAUGGCCGCCUACACCAGCAACUUUAAUGUCACCAACAUCGAUCUGCCGCUUGAACACACGAAUGGUGUACGUGUAAAUGGUACGCGGUCGCGCGCCCACAGCGAGGAGCAGAACGUGGGUGGGGGGGAGGCGAAGGGCGCGAAGGCGACACAGGACGCCUCCACAGCACCGCCCUCCCCACCCUUACCCCCACCUCCUGCGCACUCCGCCUCUACAGCGAGUGCUCCGCCCCCCUCGCUAGCCCCGCCCCCAACACUAGCUCCGCCCCCUACGCCCCCCACAGACACACUGCCACUUACCGUCGAUAAGCCAUCGUGUGUGUGUAGUUACGAGGGUGGUAGCGAGGGUGGGGGCGGGGGUGCGGCUGCUGGAGAGGACGCGGAUGACUACCGCAGCGAGUGCGAGAACUGUAAAUCUGCAACCAGCUCCAGAUGGGUAUUGGAGGAGGGUUGGGACGGGGAGGAGGAGGAGGGGGGCACUCAGACGUUGCAGCGCCGCGCCCCACCCCCCGCACCCCCACCACCUGCCACCGCCACCCUGCCACAGCCCGUCACCAAGCUCAGUCGAAACACAUCAGGGCCGCCAUCAAAAUGGGAGAAUUGGUUCAACACAAUCCCGGAUUCGGACACAGAAUCUGAAGAGGAGUAG